AUGUCUACUCUACAAUAUGACAAGUUUUUGUUAUUUGGCGAUUCCAUCACGGAAUUUGCAUUUAACACCGCCUUUCAAGAAGCUCAAAACUUUGAAACAAACACACCAGUCCACCAGCAGUUUUCUUUGGGUGCUGCUCUAACCAAUAAAUACACCCGCAAACUAGACAUUGUUCAAAGAGGUUUUUCAGGUUUUAACUCAAGAUGGGCCUUGAAAGUUUUACCUCAAAUCUUAUCAAUCGAAAAUCAACAAAGUGGAAACGGCACUGGUAGAAUCAAAAUGGCUACUGUAUUCUUUGGUUCCAACGAUUCCUGUUUAGGGGGCCAUCAAAAAGUUGAAAUCAAAGAAUAUAAAGAAAAUACCAUUAAGCUUGUGAGAAUGCUUCAAGAUGCCAAAAUUAAAACUAUUUUAAUUUCGCCAGCUUUAUUCAACGCCGAAUUGUGGGAUCCAUCUAAAAAAGAAGAAGUCGAUUCUGGUUAUGUUAGAACUAAUGAAAAUUUCGCCAAGUAUGCUCAGGCCUGUGAGGAAGUGGGCAGGGAGUUAGAUGUUCCUGUUAUUAAUUUGAAUACAGAGUUUAUAAAAUAUGCCAAGGAAAAUUUAAAUGACGAUUGGACUCCGAUGUUAUGUGAUGGUUUACAUUUUUCUGGACAUGGGUAUAAAUGUCUUUAUGAUGUCUUGUUAGAAUGUAUUAAAAAUAAUUAUUCCGAGUAUCAUCCUGAUAAUUUAAAGUAUAAAUUACCUAAUUGGAGGAGUAUUAAAGAUGAUGCAAGUAAUUUAGAAUUUUAA